GCUCCGGGCGGCAGUUUGGGCGCGAGCGCGCGGAGAUGCGGCGCGCCAGCCGAGACUACGCCAAGUACUUGCGCGGCGCCGAGGAGCCGGAGGGCGCCCCGCCGCUGCCUUCCCUGCCCGCGCCGCCUCCGCCGCCCAGCGCGCAGCCCUCCGCCGCGCCCGCCUCGCGCUCGCUGCUGGCCGCUCUGGCGCUGCUGGGCCUCGGCCAGGUGGUUUGCAGCAUCGCCCUCUUCCUCUACUUCCGAGCGCAGGUAAGCGGGGCUCCCCGGCCAGGGAUGCGCGCGGGCGCCCCGACGGCGCGCGGCUCCCGGUGCGCUGGGCGGUGGCGGCUGCGGGGCUUGAGCGCAGGUCCCAGGGGAAGGCUGACCAUCAGGUCAAUGGCUUGUUGUUGUUGUUGUUUAGUCGUGUCCGCCUCUUCGUGACCCCAUGGACCAGAGCACGCCAGGCACUCCUGUCAUAGCUGUCAAUAUUUCCCCCUUUUUAAGGGAAAGUCCCUUAUUCCGAAUAGGAUUCCUCGCAAGAAAAGGGAAAAAUCGACAGCUAUGACUCCCGUCUUCCACUGCCUCCCGCAGUUUGGUCAAACUCAUGCUGGUAGCUUCGAGAACACUGUCCUACCAUCUCGUUCUCCGUCGUCCCCUUCUCCUUGUGCCCUCCAUCUUUCCCAACAUCAGGGUCUUUUCCAAGGAGUCUUCUCUUCUCAUGAGCGGCCAAAGUAUUGGAGCCUCAGCUUCAGGAUCUGUCCUUCCAGUGAGCACUCAGGGCUGAUUUCCUUCAGAAUGGAUCGGUUUGAUCUUCCUGCAGUCCAUGGGACUCUCAAGAGUCUCCUCCAGCACCGUAAUUCAAAAGCAUCAUUUACUCGGCGAUCAGCCUUCUUUAUGGUCCAGCUCUCACUUCCAUACAUCACUACUGGGAAAACCAUAGCUUUAACUGUACGGACCUUUGUUGGCAGGUGAUGUCUCUGCUUUUUAAGAUGCUAUCUAGGUUUGUCAUUGCUUUUCUCCCAAGAAGCAGGCAAGGUCAAUGGCUAGCUUGGGCCAAAAGGGGCUGAUGCGCCGUUGGGUUUGUGUGUGUGUUUAUAAACCCUCAGAAAAGCACAUGUAGCUUUUUAUUUUUAACAAAACGUUAAAAUUCACUGCUUGUUGAAUAGUGCCUGUUUAACUGGAACGAGGAUGAGGUUGGUUUCAGGCAACGUUACUCCGUGGUUGUGGCUGCUGUCGAACUUGAAGGUGACAAGUUCAAGCUUAAUAUUUCAUAGAAUUGUAGAAUUGGAAAGGACCAGAAGAUCAUCUAGUCCAUGGGUAGGCAAACUAAGGCCCAGGGGCCGGGGCUGGCCCAAUCACCUUCUCAAUCUGGCCCGUGGACGGUCCAGGAAUUAGCAUGUUUUUACAUGAGUAGAAUGUGUCCUUUUAUUUAAAAUGCAUCUCUGAGUUAUUUGCUGGACCUGCCUGGUGUUUUUACAUGGUAGAAUGUGUGCUUCUAUUUAAAAUGCAUCUCUGGAUUAUUUGUGGGGCAUAGGAAUUCAUUCUUUCCCCCACCUUCAAAAUAUAGUCCGGCCCCCCCACAAGGUCUGAGGGACAGUGGACUGGCCCCCUGCUGAAAAAGUUUGCUGACCCCUGAUCUAGUCCAGUCCCCAGCAAUGCAGAAAUUAAAUUUGUCCCAUAAGGGGAUCAAACCUGCAGCCUUGGCGUUAUCAGCACUGGGCUCUAACCAACGGAGCUUAAAAAGAUGCAUCCAACCGACAAGCUUCACAGCUUUCCAUUAAGUCGGGAAAGGGCAGAGGGAAGAAGGAGCUGCUUUUUAUCAUUCUGCGACUGAGAGCUUUAGGAAGCCCCGUGCAUGGAACUUCAGCUUUGAUUUUUCUGAUCAGUUUGGUAACUCAUGAUUAGAAACUGGAAGGGGAUAAUGGCUGCCAUACAGUUGGAAGCGAGCUGCUUAGAUGUUUUGGAAACUGGAAAGACAGAGAUGUAAAUGUCUCAUGGAAAAAUAAUAACCUGGUGAUUGCUGGUGAACCUUAGCACUGAAACCGUGUGGCUGUCAACUCAAGCUCAAGGUAGCAAUCCACUUUAAUACAAUUGUGAUUGGUUACUGUGGGGCUGGGAUUGUGCCCAGACAUGGAUCUAGUAACUUUCUUAAUGCAGAGAGAAAGCCAGCUGAAACUGAUUCUUAUUGCAUUCACUUUGGGAAAGAGCUGGAUUUUUAAGACUGGUAUCUGUUAAACAUUUUUUUAUCUCUUAAUCCUGGGAAAAGAAUAGAUACUGCUGAAUAGAUUCAAGAAGAGGGGUUCCAGAAAUGCCUUAUUUCGUCUCUGAAAGAGAGAACCUCACACCACAGAAAUCUAGAAAAUAAAGAGGGGUUUGUUGUGGGCAGCACAAAUAUAUCUGCAUUGCCGGGGUAGAGGAAGCUGCUUGUAGCAUCGGCUUUCUGGUGGUUUAUGCUGUGGUGCUGAAAAGAUUUUUCUUUCUUUCUUGGAAAUUACCCUGUGCAUUGGUUGAGUUCGCUUUUUUUGUUGUUUUGGCUUAGCGUUCUGAAAUUUCUCAAAGGAAGUUAGAGGCUGAUGUUUGCUCUUAUCUCCCCAGAGGUAGAAGCAAAUUCUGGUUUUGGGUUUCUCUUUUCUUCCUGAUGAACGAAACAUUUCUUAGUAGUGCAAGGCAGUAAUGCUGGACUGUAGAAAUGUUUGUACAAAUGUUAUAGAAUAAAUGCAAGGGAGAUUUCCCCCUUGGGAUAUUAAACAGCUUGCCUUACAACAAGACAAAAUGCAUAAAUAUUGGGAUUCCACCCAGGUGGCUCCUUUUAAGCUUCAAAUAACCACUCCAAUCCAGGAUGCGACCAUUCUGCUGAAGCUAGGUAGUCUGGGUCUGGUCAGUACCUGGAUAUUUCAAGGAAAGCACCUUGAGCUUCAUGGUGGAAGGAGCUCAAGAGGGGUGUACAUGCCUCUUCUCCCCAUUUCACCCUCACAACAACCAUGUGAGGUAGGUUAGGCUUAGGGAUUGUGGCCCUAGAUUGCCCAGUGAGCUUCGAACCCUGCUUUCCCAGGUCCUAGUCCAACACUUUAACCAUUAUGCCAGGCUAGCUCUUGUAUAUCUUGGGUAGUCAUCUGUUAGCUCAUGUAAAUCACUUCACUGAAACUUGCGGUCUUCACAGAUGCGUCAAUAUCUUAAAUGAAAAGUCCGUCCCCCGUGCAGUAUUGGAUUUCUGAGGACGAUAAUGUUGACUGUGCAACUGCAUAGAACAGACCAGUGAGAUGUAUUAAGGAAGUAACCUGAUGCCCCAUCUGACUCAGUGGGGUUUACUUUUGAGUAAGGCUUCCCUUUAUAUGCCAUGCUUCGGAAUGGGCUGCAAGUAUUUCUUAAUCCGCUACAGCUUCCAUUCACAAAACCCCUUUUAAGCCGCCAAGUGUGCAAUUCCACCAGUGCCAUACACAUUGCAUCUAGAUUAACUGGCGGCCGCAAACCCAGGGAGUCAACAUCUGGGUCCUGGAAAGACAGUUCAGUUGGGUAAGACAGCCUUGUGAAUGCGGAAUUGUCAAGUAGGUAAUAUUUUCUCAUUGACAAAAAGCAUUUGAUAACUUAAAGUUGGAGUCUUUUCCUUUGGGCUUUCAUUUAGUGCCUCGGAACACAUGCAAACUGAACACCUGGUGUCACUGCGUUGCUGUAGCCCAUGUGGUGCCGGCUGAUCAUUUUGGAUGAUGGCAUUUCUAACUCCAGGCUGGCCGAAGCUGAUGGCAGCUUUUGUCCAAAAUAUCUGCAGGGCAUCAUGCGAGCUCCCUCUUCUGCAGCCCGUUGGUUUUAAUCCACAACUCUGCACAUCGGGACGCGGGUGGCGCUGUGGGUUAAACCACAGAGCCUAGGACUUGCCGAUCAGAAGGUCGGCGGUUUGAAUCCCUGUGACGGGGUGAGCUCCCAUUGCUUGGUCCCUGCUCCUGCUAACCUAGCAGUUUGAAAGUGCAAGUAGAUAAAUAGGUACCACUCUGGCGGGAAGGUAAAUGGUGUUUCCGUGCGCUGCUCUGGUUCUCCAGAAGUGGUUUAGUCAUGCUGGCCACAUGACCCGGAAGCUGUACCCUGGCUUCCUCAGCCAAUUAAGCGAGAUGAGCGCCGCAACCCCAGAGUCGGACACGACUGGACCUAAUGGUCAGGGGUCCCUUUACCUGCACAUCAGCAUUCUCCAGCUUCGUGCCCACAGACAUUUGGGCCGCAACUUCCAUCCUUGCUGAUCCUUGGCCACACUCACUGGGGUGAAGGGAGCUGCAGUCUAAUAAAUAUCAGGAGUAUUUGCAGAGCUCGAGGCAAAUCACUCUCUGUUGCUUUUGUUCCCCCCUACCCCCUCCUCCUCUUCCGGGGGAUGGUGGCAGCACCCCCACCUGCCUUCUAGGCUUGUUUGGGCUGUUGCAACAGUGAAGAUAUUUCCCAUUUUUUUUCUUUUGCAGGAGCACUGCCUCCAGGGUUCUCCCUCUCCUCCUCCUUCCUUACCUUGCUUUAUGAAGAAAGGGGGUGGAAAGCCUGUCUGGGUGGCCAGAAAGUGUCCUGGCUGUCCUGGCAGUGCCUCCCCCCACCCCACAUGCAAGGUUUAGGAUGCUUGUCCUGAUUCUCUAAGUGCCCUCGGGACAGUCCUGGGUACCAGUGUUUGGGGAAGGAUGAGGUUCCGAGGUUCAUAUCUGAUUAAUUAAAACAACAACAACCCUAUUUCCGAGGUGUGACUCUUUUUUCACCAGGACAUUAAAAUUGCACAUUUGGGUUUGAAUCUGGUUCAGUUCACUGGUACUUUUUAAAAACUCUGACCUUAAGCACUAACCUUAAAAAAUGGUUUGUUUACUGGUGCGUCGGAAUAAUUUCAGACGGGUUAAUACCGGCCUGAACGAGCUACGUAAAGAUGAGCCACCAGACGUGAGUUGUGGCCUGGGCACUGUUUGCAGUGCCUUGUCUGUCUGGGCAGUUGCUGGCAGCUAGCCAAAGCAGACCGCUAGCCGAGUGCCUGGUUGGCUCAGCAGGUCAAAAGUUGUGCAAACUUGGCUUAAUCACAGAGGUCUUGCCAUUGGAAUGCAAAGUUCAUACAGUGAACAGUAUUGUAACUUGGAGAAACGCUAUCUGCGUUCCGUAAUUUUAUAGCUGUGUCUGUCAUAUUUGUCCACCAGAGCACAGAAUGAAUUUCUUUCUACAUGAUAGAAAAAGAGGUUGAGCUCAAAUCACGUUUUUAUUCGUUUUGGCUCUCCCAGCGUCAAAUAACAGCCAACAAACCAUUUAUGCUAGUCUGUAGCACAGCCACAUACAGAACCCCAUGUGCUGUUAGGCUCGCCCCAUCUCAUAAAAAUAGGGAACCGAGAAAGGAAGAGAGUGGCUGGUGGGAGAGACCUUUGUGACCUGGUUCUGCAGAUAAGCAAGAGUCUGAGUCUUUUAAGUUGCCUCCCUAAGCAUAGUUUAACUUCUGGAAGCCAAAGAUGACCAACCAGCUUAGAUGGCUUUACAGAAGAUUAGAAUCACCUGUGGUAGAUUCAUGCUCCAUUAAUGUCAACCGUAUUUGAAUGAAAUAUCCAUGUUAAAUGUAUAAACAACAAGAGAAAGAAAGAAAGAAAAAGAAAUUACUCAUGUUAAGAGGCAAAUGAUGAUGAUGAUUUUAUUUUAUUACUUUUCACCCUAAGGUCCUGGUGUGGUUUGCAACCAUUUAAAAUACAAUAUCAAAAACAGCUAAAAAAAUUCGUAGCUAGCAGAAAUAUGCACUUUGGAUGUUCAUCUUUGGAAGAAGUUGAAUAUGGAACAUUUAACUGCCAAUACUGAUCGCUUUUACCAGACCUCCAGGGGAAUGUCAGCACUGGGUGUAACUGGGGCAGAGUCCACAGGUGACUGUUGGAAAUAGUGUGCUAGAAUGGAAAGACCCUGGCCUGAACUGGCAAGGCAGUUCUUAGGCUUUUAUUUUCACUUUGUCUGAGAUGAGGCACACUGAUAAAAUAUCUAGGUCAGGCGUCCCGAAACUUGGCCCUCCAGCUGUUUUGGGACUACAGUUCCCAUCAUCCCUGUUAGCUAGGAAUGAUGGGAGUUGUAGUCCCAAAACAGCUGGAGGGCCGAGUUUGGGGAUACCUGAUCUAGGUAGAGACCUGAGUCCUGCCUUUACCACAUCUCUCUUGGUUCUUGGAAAUUUGCAUACUAAUUCAAAUUCACGGUCUGAACUAGCCAGACAUUUACUCAGUUCUUCAUUUGGAGUAGAAUUCUUGAGAAAUUUCAGAUUGGUCCACAGAGUCAUUAGAUUUUAGAUUUUAACGAUCUCUGUCCUCAUCUGAGAGAGGCAGUAUGUACAGGAGAUGUGAGAACCAAUACUCCAAAUCCACUGUCCUUGUCCUGCUGCAAGGAUGGGAAUUUGUCAUGCUCUUAAACAUUCUGCUCAUUUUUAGGUCCAAGCUGAAGGACUAGUGGCAAGGACUAGGGGCAGAGGGGAUGAGACCGACGAUAAGAUUCCUGUCUUCAAGUGUCAUCCAAUGUGUCACUUAAGAAUGGAAGGAAAGAAGGGAGUUGUUUUGGCACAGAGAUGCUACCCAUCAGUUUAUGUGCAUAUUUCAAUGUUUGUGCAGUUUAAUGCUUCCUUCCAUGUUAAAUACGACUUGCUGGAGUAUCCGUGAUUCUUGUAUCUUUGUCGUCAGUGUCUGGUCCCAAAAGUAUACUGCAUCUGAAUUUAUAAAGCAUUUUGUUAACAGCUGCCUAUCAUUGUGACUUGUGCUCCAUCAUGUAUGUUCCAGAAAUCUAGAAAGCAACACAAGCUUGAAAACUCCAGGAGUUUCAGAAAACAACUGUAGUGUGGCAAGGCUACAUGUGAACAGCAUCUCUUGAACAGCCAAAAUAAUCUCCCUUCUCCAUUUGGCAGCACUUAGAUCAGGGGUCAGCAACAUUUUUCAGCCAUGGGCCAGUCCACCGUCCCUCAGACCAUGUGGGGGGCCAUACUAUAUUUUGGGGGGGAAAUGAACGAAUUCCUGUGCCCCACAAAUAACCCAGAGGUGCCUUUUAAAUAAAAGCACACAUUCUACUCAUGUAAAAACAAGCUGAUUCUCGGACCGUCCACGGGCCGGAUUGAGAAGGCGAUUGGGCCACAUCUGGCCCCUGGGCCUUAGGUUGCCUACCCCUGACUUAGAUGCUGGCCCCGAAGCCCAUUCAGAAUAUGUAGCCUUUUUCUGCCACCUCCACCACAGCUGCCUCAAGUUUAGCAACUUUUAUCUGUUUCUCAUGUUUUCUUUCAUGUUUGAUGCAUUUUUCUUAAUUUCACCAGUUGCCCAGUCUUUUGCAGGUUCUUACUAUGGUUCAAAUCCCCGCGACGGGGAUAGCUCCCGUUGUUCGGUCCCUGCUCCUGCCAACCUAGCAGUUCGAAAGCACGUCAAAGUGCAAGUAGAUAAAUAGGUACCGUUCCGGCGGGAAGGUAAACGGCGUUUCCAAGCGCUGCUUUGGUUCGCCAGAAGCGGCUUAGUCAUGCUGGCCACAUGACCCAGAAGCUGUACGCCGGCUCCCUUGGCCAGUAAAGCGAGAUGAGUGCCGCAACCCCAGAGUCGGUCAUGACUGGACCUAAUGGUCAGGGGUCCCUUUACCUUUACCUUUACUAUGGUUCAAGUACAGAAUAUAAAAUGUAUUUGCCACCUGUUAGCCACCAAAACUUUCUGACAUGCUUUUAACAACAUACAACACUACAUCUUUGGCUUUUGCUAAUUAUAAUAUUGAUUAUGAUUGUUCACCUUUGGUUCAACAACUCCCCCCUUUUGCUAUAUUCCCUGUUUCCCAGUCUGCGGAAAGUUUACACACGCGACCUUAAACUGGUUGAUGAAGUUUGGUAGCUAGCAAGCAACUCGUAAAUCUUAAUAAAAUUAUCAUGAACAUGUCUUGCUGAAGUUGUUAGCUAGAUUGUGUUGCACAGAUUUGUAGGCACAUUUGUGGUGGCAUCACUCACACGUCCCUCUGUUGCUGUCGCCUCCUGCCUGCCUGCCCAUGCUGGGCUUCCGUCCAAAAUGGCUUCAUAUGGAUCUAGUAGAUCUGAUUUUAAGAGUUUGAGCCACAACCCUCCCCACUUUUUCCAGCUUGCUGUGGCUAGUUUAAAGCCCUUCCCUGAGCCAGCUGCAAAGUUGGUGAUAUUUUUUGAAUGUAUUGCUGUUGUUGUUUAGUUGUUUAGUCGUGUCCGACUCUUCGUGACCCCAUGGACCAGAGCACGCCAGGCACUCCUGUCUUCUCCUGUCUUCCACUGCCUCCUGCAGUUUGGUCAAACUCAUGUUUGUAGCUUCGAGAACACUGUCCAACCCUCUCGUCCUCUGUCGUCCCCUUCUCCUUGUGCCCUCCAUCUUUCCCAACAUCAGGGUCUUUUCCAGGGAGUCUUCUCUUCUCAUGAGGUGGCCAACGUAUUGGAGCCUCAGCUUCAGGACCUGCCCUUCCAGUGAGCACUCAGGGCUGAUUUCCUUCAGAAUGGAUCGGUUUGAUCUUCUUGCAGUCCAUGGGACUCUCAAGAGUCUCCUCCAGCACCAUAAUUCAAAAGCAUUAAUUCUUCGGCAAUCAGCCUUCUUUAUGGUCCAGCUCUCACUUCCAUACAUCACUACUGGGAAAACCAUAGCUUUAACUAUAUGGACCUUUGUUGGCAAGGUGAUGUCUCUGCUUUUUAAGAUGCUGUCUAGGUUUGUCAUUGCUUUUCUCCCAAGAAGCAGGCGUCUUUUAAUUUCAUGGCUGCUGUCACCAUCUGCAGUGAUCAUGGAGCCCAAGAAAGUAAAAUCUCUCACUCCCUCCAUUUCUUCCCCUUCUAUUUGCCAGGAGGUGAUGGGACCAGCGGCCAUGAUCUUAGUUUUUUUGAUGUUGAAUGUAUAGUGGCAUCAAACUUUUAAAGCAUUACAUAUGUGGGUCCCCCUCCCCUUCCAGGAUUUUUGAAGCCCAGAUUUUGCACUGAAUUCACUCUGUGUUAGAGCUUAGCUCCCUUCUUCAGGGCCAUCUUGUAGCUUGAGGUCUUGGUUUAUGAAAAUCUUAACCACAUGUGAAACCAUACACCAGAGUGAAAAGUGCAUGUUGUUAUCUCAAACAGGAAACAGAAUGGCCCUGUGAAUCUCAACCAGGAAGCUGUGGUUGCUUACCUGUUUUUGUAUUUUGCAUGAGUAAGAGUUUUUACUGUGCUAGAGAAAGUGGAACAUGGGUGAAACUCUGAGGACAGGUUCACACAGUUGUUUUCAUGGACCCAAAACACUCUACAUGGUUAACCUUGAGUACCCAUGUCCGGUGAUCCCACAGCAGUAGACGAAUGCACUGCUUUCCAUUGUUUUGUUUUAUUUAUGAGUUACUUCCUAUGAGACAUAUAGAAAACAAUCGCUUAUCUAAAAACAGUCAAAAUAAUUACAUAAAGUACACCAGGUCGAAACUCUGUUCAGCAGUGGAUCCUUUUGGGAAUUACAGGGACAGAACUACACAAACAGUAUAGAAAUUUAUUCAUGUAUGCGACUGCAGUGGCAAGAAGACGUCCCAGCAAAAGAAGAAUGGAUACCAGUAUUUAAUGAAUAUGCAGAAAUGGAAAAAUAAGAAAUUAAGAUAACAAACUUUUGAUAAAAGAAUGGAAAUGGUUUAUUGAAUAUUUACAAACUGUAAACAGAUAGGAACAUUGGCAGGAUUAUUGUACAGUGGUACCUUGGUUUACAACCAUAAUCCGUUCCGGAGGUCCGUUUGAAAACCAAAGCAGGUUGUAAGCCAAGGCAUGCUUUCGCCAAUGGGGCCUCCCCCCCAAAUUUAUUCGUAAUCCCCCAAAAAAAGGGUUGUAAUCCAAAAAGCAAGGUACCACUGUAAUGAUCUGCAGUUUUAUAAGAGUAUACAGUAUAUUUAAAGUAGAUGAAUAAGUGAGCAAAUUAAGUUAAUUUGGAUAUGCAGAAAAUGUUAAAAAUAAAUUUAAGGAACCGCAGAAAGAGGGGGAAGGAAGUCAAGUUUUGAAAUGUUAAAAUGAUUGUAAAAUUCUUGAAAUGUAUAAAAUUGAAAAGCAUAAGUAAAACAACAACAACAACAACAACAACAACAACAACAACAGGUCUUCUUCAGCAGUGGGGCAGCUGCUGGGAAGUCAAGCCUUUAGUCUUUUUAGUUACACCAGCUUUUGCCAGCGUAACUUUUACUGAGUUGCCAGGUCAUGUGGCCAAGCAGCAGGGGCUUAGGAUCGAUCCUAACUUGCCCCUCUCUGGUCCCACCACACACACCCAGAACCACGGGUGCAUUCUAGAGCUGCCCAAUCAGCAUGCAAGGGGACCUUCUCAGCCACCGAGAAGUCGUCUUCUCGCCUCUUUUUCCUAGAAAAAGAGGUGCCGGAACUCACCAUGAACGCCUCCCUCGUUCUCUUAUCAUGGCAAUGGCGCCCGCCUGAGAGGUGCCGCAACUGAGUUCCGACUGCAAAAAAGCCCUGUCUAUAUCUGUCUAUAAAUAUUAGUGGAUGGAGAGAUAGAUACAUAGAGUGGGUGGCCGUAGGUGACCUUCUGCCAUGGAUGCUUUAGUUGGAAUUCCUGCAUUGCAGGGUGUUGGAUUAGACAACUCUUGGGAGUCCCCCUGCAGUUAUAUGAUAGUAGAAGGUGCUUCAGAAGGCAGGGGCGACCCAUUGUGUACAAUGGAACAUUAAGGAAAACACUACUUGAGUCUGUUGUAAACAAAAAUCUGCCCCUUUCCCGCUUAUGGGGUACCCAAGAGCCCAUAUAGAGUCCUUAUGUAGGUUCCCUCUUGGUAGGAGAAAAUAACAGAGGCCAACCAGAGAAUAUUGAGAAGCAAAGCAGCUAGUAAGCUUGAUCUUUAUUGAUCUGUUGCAACAGGGUCCUCACUCACCACACGCAGGAGGGAGGAGGAACCAGAGCAAUGGUGCGUAAGGCCUAAUAUAGACGUUUUAAAUUCCCUGCCCUGGAGCUCAAGACCACCCCUCCAUACAUCAUACAUACACCACAGAAGGGGUGUAACCUAAGACCACCCCCCCCAGAUACAUCAUACCUACAUCACAGAAAAGGCGGUCCACAGCAGAAAUCUGAGUGACUUGUUUAUCUCGUCUGACAGGUUACCUGUUUAAUGGUCACUUGAUUGGAUUGCCUGGGGAGCCUGGCCAGUCUUUUGUAAUGAUAAAUACUUAGUUCCUGAGGCAGGUCACAGGCUCUCACCCUAUUCAUAUCUUAAAUGUGCCCUUAAGACAGGAUUUCUGAAGGAAAAAGACAAUGGGGAGGUUUCCCACUUUGACCUUGCAGAGAAAUAGAGGUCAAUUUGUUCAGGCCUUUUUUUCUGUGGUGUUUUCAGACAUGUGGUUUAUAUAUUUAUGUACGUGUUUGCUUGGUACAUUUAUGAACAUCUAUUACAUAUCUAAGACCUUAAAAUUCUUAUCACAAGUCCCUCCAAAUGAAGGCGUUGGAGCCCUCCAAAUCAUUUGGCUGUGUUAUUUGCACAGCAGAUAUUGGCUCUGCCUGAAAGUCAAGACAUAUAGACCUGCAGUGUUAUAGAUGGGAUCUUGGCAGGUGAAGAAAAUGUUUCUGUGAACAGCCCCUGAGAUACGCAGAAUUGUAGACGGCAUCCAGCUUGCAUCUCCCUGGGAUCUCUGCCCCUGGGCUUUCCUUUUUCCAGACCUCUUCUCCUACUUUGCCUCUCAGCCUUCAAUUCCCUCACCACCUCAAACACUGCUUUUCCUUUUUUCUGGCAGCUGCCAGUAGCCCUUUCUGAUGUGAGGUUUUCCCAGCAAAUUGAUGUCCAAAACCCGCACGCCCUGCAUUUAUAACUAAUUUUCUUGCUUAAGUCUGAUUUGCAUACCCAAUGAAAAAGAAACAUGUGCGCUGUGCUUCACACAUAUGUGUAUACAGUGGUACCUUGGGUUACAUACGCUUCAGGUUACAUACGCUUCAGGUUACAGACUCCACUGACCCAGAAAUAUUACCUCGGGUUAAGAACUUUGCUUCAGGAUGAGAACAGAAAUCAUGCUCCGGCGGCGUGGCGGCAGCAGGAGGCCCCAUUAGCUAAAGUGGUGCUUCAGGUUAAGAACAGUUUCAGGUUAAGAACGGACCUCCGGAACGAAUUAAGUACUUAACUCAAGGUACCACUGUAUUCUCUUUCCUGAAAGGGCUCUCUAGAUCAGGUUAUCUCUUUGAAGUGUGGCUGCCAUCAAGUUAAUGGCCAGGACUCCCUUCCUGUGUGGGUCUGAUCACGAUAAAGUUUCCGUUUUUAGUUUGCAUGCUCAAUACCUUCUGACAAACCUGCCCACCAUGACUUUAGCUGCUCCUUUUAAGAACAUAGCAAUGGCCUUGCUGGACCAAGGCAAUUUUUUUGGACAUUUGAUAUCUCUGGGAUGGCCUCCUUUCUGCUUUUGGGUGCAUGAACAAUCUGUGAAAUAAAAGCAGUGAGAUGUCUUUGAAUAUUUUCUUUCAGAUGGACCCUAACAGAAUUUCGGAAGAAGAUACGCAUUGUCUGAGAACCUUUCUGAGACUCCAGGGGAAUAUAGACCUGCAGGAAACAACCUUGGCAAACCAAGAAACAAGGCUGCUGUCUGAAUCGUGCAGAAGGAUGAAGCAGGCAUUUCAAGGAGCAAUGCAGAAGGUCAGUGCAGCCCAAAGCUUGCAGGUAGCCAAAGCUUCCACAUUAACCCCAGUGCAAAGUGAGUUCCUGGCACCCACAGAUCCAAAAUGGUCAGUCAGUAGCUGGCUUGCCCUGCUUAGCCAAGAAGCUGAUUUCUUCUUGGUGUGACUCCCAAUCUGCAUUGGGAACGUAAUACAGUGGUACCUCAGGUUACAUACGCUUCAGGUCACAUACGUUUCAGGUUACAGACUCCACUAACCCAGAAAUAGUACCUCGGGUUAAGAACUUUGCUUCAGGAUGAGAACAGAAAUCGUGCUCUGGCAGCACGGCGGCAGCAGGAGGCCCCAUUAGCUAUAGUGGUGCUUCAGGUUAAGAACAGUUUCAGGUUAAGAACGGACCUCCAGAAUGAAUUAAGUUCUUAACCCGAGGUACCACUGUACAGUACUGGUUCAGCACCCCAGAGCUGUUUUUCCAUCCGAAUACAAGUGGCACCCUUAAGCACACUUAAAAAAACCCACACGAUUAACCCAACCUGCAGUUUGUUUCUUACCCACAGCUCAUUUUACACUUACGGUUGCUUUGGAAAAACUGUUAUUCCUGGCAUUAUGUUCAUCUGGGGUAUAUAACUAAUUCUAUAAUCAAUAUCAAUAACUUAUGGUCCACAAUUCUUCAUUCCCUCUUAGUGGAAAAAGUUUGGAGUUCAGGAGGUACAGAAUAUAAAUUCUGCAUGUCCCUCAGCAGAAAGUGCUUGGAGUUUAUCCUAGUGGUUAAAUGACACAGUAAUACCGUAUUGGCCUGACUAUAAGCCUCACUUCCCCCCCACAUUCCGACCUUACGGUAUGCAGCCAGGAGUGCGGCAAAGUGGUGUCUGUCCUGCGCAUAGGCCCCUGUCCUCUGCGCAGCGCGGCACCCUGCCCCGUAUGCAGCCAGGGGCAGCGAGGAAUGGAGUGUCUUAUAUUUGGGUAUUUUUUCUUUUCUCUCCCCCCGCCCAAUUUUAAAGGUGCGGCUUAUAUUUGGGUGCGGCUUAUAUUCAGGCCAAUACGGUAGAUAAAUGACACAGCUCAGGACUGCAAUGCCUCAAGGACUUCCUCUCCCCAUAUAAACUGGGCCCUGCGAUCAUCAUCUGAGGCCCUUCUUUGUGUGCUUCCGCCACGAGAGGGCCGGAGGGUGGCAACACAAGAAUGGGCCUUUUCUGUAGUGGCUCCCCAUUUGCGGGAUGCUCCCCCCAGGGAGCUUCUCCUGGUGCCUUCAUUUUUAGGUGCGAGGCGAAAAUGUUCCUCUUGUCUGAACCUGGACAAAUUAUGAUAAACUAUAGCUGGGGUGGCGCUGUGGGUUAAACCACAGAGCCUAGGGCUUGCUGUAGAGAAGGUUGGCAGUUCGAAUCCCAGCGACGGGGUGAGCUCCCAUUGCUCAGUCCCUGCUCCUGCCAACCUAGCAGUUCAAAAGCACAAAGUGCAAGUAGAUAAAUAGGUAUCGCUCCGGCGGGAAGGUAAACAGCGUUUCCGUGCGCUGCUCUGGUUCGCCAGAAGCGGCUUAGUCAUGCUGGCCACGUGACCCAGAAGCUGUAUGCCGGCUCCCUCGGCCAAUAAAGCGAGAUGAGCGCCGCAACCCCAGAGUCGUCCACGACUGGACCUAAUGGUCAGGGGUCCCUUUACCUUUAUAGUUUAGAGAGGCUUGUUUCAACAAAGGGAUCAGAUAGGAUGAAGAGCAGGCUAGAAAUAUAUUCAAUACAUAAUUCAGCCGCAGAUUACAGUUAACCACGGUUUUUCAAGUUCAGACAAGUUGUGGUUAAUCUUAAACAGAAGCAGCGCUUUCUUUCAGCUAGAUUUUGCUGGAACUCAGUUCUGGCACCACUCAGGUGGGCGCCAUUGCCGUUAUAGGAGAAUGAGGAAGGUGUUCGUGGUGAGUUCCGGCACCUCUUUUUUCUAGAAAAAAAAUAGCACUACAUAGAAGUGAUAAUUUGCAAAUUCCUGCAAGAGAAAGAAAAACCAAAAUAAGUAAUGGUUGAUGUUGCUAUUAUUGUCCUGUUUCUAUCUGUAGUUUCAGUUUGCUAAAAAUCUAAUGAAAAUAUUUAUUUUAAAGUUUCCAACGUCCUUUGCACAGCCACACUGGAGGAGAAGUGAGAAACAGGUGUCUCACUGCAGUUUGUUGUUAUAAAGCGGAAACUUUCACUUUUGAGUUGAGCGUUGAAUCUGAAUGAAGCCAGUGAGGGGUUUUGAAACCUACGUAGGUCUUCCCAGUCUGACCACUAGACCACAUGGGCUCUCGUGAAAAGCUGUUGUUGUUUGCAACAAGUCUUUACAAUAAAGUGAUCCAUAAAUUGAAAGGACAAAAUAUAAGCCCAGUUUGUUUGUUUGUUUGUUUGUUUGUUUUUAAACAGUCAUGUUUUUAUUGUUAAAAUAAUUCAGCAUUAAUACACACAUAUUGCGAAUAUACAAGCAUACAUUUCAUACAAUCCUUAAAAAUGUUCAAACAUGCCUACACACAAUCCCACAGAUAAUUCCUUUUCCCAUCACCAUCCACCACCCCUCACCCCACCUUUGUGUUAGACUUCCAAUCUACUCAGUUGCAAUUUCUUUCCACUUCUAUUACUUUCUUUCACACACCUUUAACCUAAUUUCAUGCCUCUUUUUCUAUUACACAUUGUUAUCCAUCUUAUUUAGUAUUUCAGUAUUUAAAACAGAACUUGUUUAUUCUAAUAGGAGUUCUGAUUUUUCAAUAUGGUUUUGCAAGUAUCCUUUAAACACCUUCCAAUCCCUGUCUGUCUUCUCUUUUGAGAUCCUUCCAAUUUCUCCCAUUUUUUUUGGAUAUAUUGUAGUACUCCAAUAAUUUGGCAAGCCACUCUAUUUUUGUAUAAUACCACUUUUCCAAUUUUUCGCAAUCAAUAGCCUUGCGGCUACUGUUGCAUAUAAAUAUAAUGUCUUCUUCCUUUAGACUUCCUGGCACUAUUCCCAAUAGAAAACCUUCUGGUAUAUAAGCCCAGUUUGGAUGACCACCCCAAGCUCCAUAAAUCAUAAAGGUUGAUGAAACUGGGAAGGAGGCCAAGAACUCCACAUUCGCCUUCCCCUCCUCUCCUUGUGUGUUUGCAAGAUCUUGCCCAGGGUUCAGAACAAGCAUCAGGCGCAAGGAGAUUUUGACAUGGGCCUUGUGUUCAAAGAAGAGAAGUCAGAGGACAUACAGCCCCAUUUGAAUGCUGUGUGUCUCGAUGAACACUGGCUCUCAAUUUUCCUUUUGCCUGACUUGAAGACUUAGCAAGUCCUCAGAAACUGAGCACAGUACGCUUGCUUCACAUGGAAGUGUCUGGCAGAAAGUGCCAGGCAAAUGUCUAAGGGUUGGGUUAGAAGCAAAUACCAGAGGGUCUUUAGAGUGUUUGAUCUCUUACACAUCACUGCGUAUUUAGCUCUAUUUAAAUGUAAUUACAAUCUAAUCUAGAGCCGUUUAAAAGCUGAUAGAGUGCUGGCACUUGAUAUGUUCUGUCUUUUGUAAUUGCCCCUUGCGUAGGAAGUAGAAAACUCUUGGUUCGUUUCCUCUUUAUUGCCUUUGAGGGAUUCUAAUGUCCCAACAGUUCUGUUAAUAAAAAAUACUGCAAUAGGUUUUAAUUGCCCUAGUUCAAAGUUUAAAGAAAAGCUUUGUCUGAGCUGUGCAGAAGAAAGAGGGCUUAAUGUGUAAUGUUGUACUGUGGUACCUCGGGUUACAGACGCUUCAGGUUACAGACGCUUCAGGUUACAGACUCCGCUAACCCAGAAAUAGUACCUCAGGUUAAGAACUUUGCUUCAGGAUGAGAACAGAAAUUGCACGGUGGCUGUGGGAGGCCCCAUUAGUUAAAGUGGUACCUUAGGUUAAGAACAGUUUCAGGUUAAGAAUGGACCUCCAGAAGGAAUUAAGUUCUUAACCCAAGGUUAAAUUAUAAAAUUUUGCAUGGGUAGGGUAGGCCCUGGUUUUCACAUUUUAAAAGGUGUACAUAAUAUACACAACUGAAAUACAGUGGUACCUCAGGUUAAGUAUUUAAUUCGUUCUGGAGGUCCAUACUUAACCUGAAACUGUUCUUAACCUGAAGCACCACUGUAGCUAAUGGGGCCUCCUGCUGCUGCCGUGCCACCGGAACACGAUUUCUGUUCUCAUCCUGAAGCAAAGUUCCUAACCUGAAGCACUAUUUCUGGGUUAAUGGAGUCUGUAACCUGAAGCGUAUAUAACCUGAAGCGUAUGUAACCCAAGGUACCACUGUAAUGUGCUGAAGUUGUCUAACUGUUUUCUCAGUGGCAUUUGGAGAGGGAAUCAAUUUAGCCUCAGUGUCCUGGUGAAAUGCUGUCUCUGUGCUUUCCACAUACAGGUUUUUCAGUUUUCUGAAUACAGGUGAUUCACAACUUAGGUGCAUUUUGCUUGAGCACAUUCAGCGUUACAUACUUGACCCCCCCAAAGCAAAAAAUUUAAAGAGGGGGAGCGGGUGCCUGGGGAGAAAAAGGUUUUGACGAUCCCACCUGCCAUUGAACCCAAUGUGCUUCGACAAUACAGUGGUACCUUGGUUUAUGAACUUAAUCUGUUCCGAAAGUCCGUUCUUAAACCAAAGUGUUCUUAAACCAAGGCUUGCUUUUCCAUAGCAGCGGGGGACUCGAUUUACAAAUGGAACACACUCAACGUGUUCUGCUUCCAAGGCAAAGUUCACAAACCAAAACACCUACUUUGGGUUUGCAGUGUUCUUAAUCCAAGUUGUUCAUAAACUAAGCUGUUCUUAUACCAAGGUACCACUGUACAUGAUUUUCUCUUUUCCCUGGAACGUGACCCCCAUUUUAGUUGAAUAUAUCUCAUGCCUUUUCCUUUCCCCCCAAAUUUCAAAUAAUUAUGUGUACCUUCAAAGGUAGGAAAACAGGUCAACAACAGUUGCAAUCUUGGGCUAUGGUUUUUUUCUGUACAACAACAUUUUUUUAAAAAAAACAUCCUAUGUGGCAGGGUAUUGGUAUAGAUCUGUAGGUGCCAGGGGCCUUGCCCCCCCCCAAAGUUUCCAAGAAGGGAGCUGCCCCCCCCCAUAUCCCAUGGUGACGUAAAUGCCACACAAGCAAGUGCGGCAUGCGCACAUGAUGUCAGCACAUUGCUCCUGUAGAUUCAACAAGUGUAAAAGUGAAUUUACUCAGGUAACUUCCUUUUGAGACCGCCUGGAAAUAAGCCAUUUAGGUGCCACAGGGGGAUGAAAGGGCAAAGCUCAUUUGCAGAUUUGUGGGCUUCCUCCCUCUCUCAAGGGCUAAGUGUGAAUAGGUGUGGAAAGCUAAUCCCCUUUGGGGUAAUGAGCUUUAGUACAUCAAAAGAGGGACCUUCCCUGGACCAGAAUUUAGGAAAUCAGAAAAUCAGCUGGAGUUAAGAGUGAAGGAAGCAGAGAGGAAACAUUAUGUUGAGUUGUGCUCUGCAGUGCAAGUUAGGCAGCGGGAGAAAGAUGGCGUUAGGCUUAUUGUUGCUAUGUAAUCAGCUGGUUUUUGGGGGAUGCUGCUGCUGCGAGCCUCAGUAUUCUGCCUAAUUCCUGAAGGAAACACUAACCCUGAAUAGCGUACCUGCAGCCCCUGGAAUCUUGGGGGAGAUUGGGGUGGCGUGCAACACUGGUGUCAGAAGUGGGAUCUGUGUUUCCGAGCAGAAAAGGCCUGUGAGCAUUUGUGAAGUCAAAAUGGAGGGAGGAAUUGAGGCACUCCUUGAAGAGUUCAGGUUGAUGGAGCAGCGGUUGGACCAGCAAAAGAAGCAGCGUUGUGAGCAAUUAGCAGUGGUGGCACAGAGGAAGCUGUGGCAGGGCCGGCGGUGGCGCAGUGGAACUGGCAACAGUGGGGACUUGCUUCACCUCGCUUCAUGGAAGCCUUGCUAAGGGGGAAGCUUAGUAAAUAAAAAUGUCCUGGCCUCUUUGUGGUCAACUGCGACAGAGCAUUGUCCAAAGUCUGUGGCAGCCGCCUCACGUGGAAUGGCUGCCUCUGAACUGGACCCUUCCGGCUUGUUCGGAUAGUGACUAAACUCGGAACACCAUUUGCAGCCUUUUCAAUUCUCUGCUGAAAUCUGCAGCUCCAGCUUCCAUUUAGACACGUGCAAUGUUAGGGUGCCACUUUUCUCACUUGGAUCUUGGCCAUUGUCCAUGAAUUUCCCAGCUCCAUUCAAACCAAGUAGCAAAAUUACAUUUUUUGUUCUUGUAGUCUGUUUGUUGAUUUCCUACUUGAGGCCUUUGCCACUCCAGAGCUGCAGAACCCCACUCUUAAAAAAGCGGGAGGGCAAGACGGGCAAACAGAAAACUGCGAGACAGUUUGUGGAGUGAUACUUUUCUCUGCCCCCGUCCCCUUGGCUGGGCUCCAGACCUCGUCACCUUUGGGAAAACUCAGGCCUGGACUCGUCUUGCGCAUGGCAACAAAGCACUCCAUCGGCUGGACCUCCAAGGUGGCCUUUCAUGAGGAAACGUUGGCGUCUGAGAGAGUGCUUGAGGAAAGUCUGGCCUCGCAGUCCUGGGGCGGAAGGGGAGAAGUUGAAGCAGGGAGCUGAGAGUCAGGGAAGCCCUAUGGUUCAAAUGCUGCCUCUGCCAUGAACUCUGGAGGUGACCGUAAGCAAACCACGUUCUCUUCGGCCCACCCUUCUCUGCAACAAGGGGGUAAAAAUACUAUCUCACAGAGGCUGUUUUCGUUUUGUUUAGGAUUACACAAUGUUGUGUAGCAUUUGGAAGACUCUGCAAAGCCAUCUUCUUUAAAAAAAAAAGAAUUUUAUUAGUAUUUUCCACACAACAACAACAACACGAAAGAUAUCAAAAAAUAAUAAUAUACAACACACAAAAAUCAACAUUCAAAAACUAAAAAAAACCCAACAAAAACAAAUCCAUAUCUUACAAGUUAAUAUUAUAAACACUAAAACAACAAGAAGACAUUGUCUUCCACCAGUCCCACAGCACCUCCUUUAUCUCUCAUUGUGUCUUCCUGUUUUCCUGUUUUCUUUAUCAUCUCUAUCCUAACAUCUAGAUAUAAAUCCUUCUUUCAUAUCCUUUCACUUCCCAAGGUUAUUCCAGACUCAGCCAGAUUUCUGCCCUCGAACCUUGACUUUUGAGGUAUUCAUUUAGGCACUCUGCAAAGCCAUCUUCAAUGUCGCUGCUGUUUUUGAGUUGGCAAUGUGAGGAUGCAAAGGGCUUUUUGUAGGGUUAGAAUUAAAAACUGUUUGGCAUCAGGACAAAUGUGACUCGUGUGAAUAUUCUUCAAUGUGCCCAUUGCUAGGGCCCACCUAAACUGCAACCUGCAACAGGAACCCCUUGAAAUGUUGUAACUAUACGUGGAGUGUGUGGCUUCUCAUAAUUGCAGAAUAGAGGGGAUUUUGAUAGAUGCAACUUGUCGUGCAGGAGUGACAGAAUCUGGCCUUCUGGAAUUCACUAUUUGACCCAGUUGUGGAUGAUGUGACCAGAGGGGUGGGGGCAGACCUCUGUGUUGGAUGAAGCCUAUAGGACUGCCCCAUCUGGUCCACAUUCUCCAUUCCUCAUCUGCCCCCCGCCCCCGUUCAACCUGGCAAAUAUUGCAAGCCAGUCAGGUAUUGGGAUAUUUUGCUUUCAGUGGACAGUCCCCUUUCCCAUGUUGUGCUAUUUGUUGUUAUAAAGAUUCACUGGACCAAUUUCUGUGGCUUCGGCAUUCUGAACCAGUUUGCUUUCUCUGCAGUUUACUUCCUGAGCUGCAGAGAUAGAAACCAGUGAAUUUCCUGGAAGAUAAUGAUUGUGAUCUUUUCUCUUUCUCGGUGCCUGUUACACAGUCACUUCUAGGCAGCCUAUCUGGGUUAUGCUCAGAUGGUGCUACUGACACUUUCCUUGAAAUUAAAACAAUGCCCAAACACUUCUUAAAAUAUUCAAAAGCUUUUCCUUGCAGAACCUAUAGCUAAAGAAGAAUAUGUGCAAAGUACUUAUUCACAAAGCAGGGGCUUAGUUUUACUUAGUUGAAGAUGACAGCUUCUUUCUUAAACAUUCAAACAAACUCUUUCUUUCUUUCUUUCUUUCUUUCUUUCUUUCUUUCUUUCUUUCUUUCUUUCUUUGCACUCAGACCUCUGUACAUGACCCAGGCAGGCCAUGCAGUUCCUUCUGAGAGGUUUACACUUUCUCCUUCCAGCAGAUUUCUCCUUCUUGCUUCUUUGGGAGAACAUCAACCUGUACUUCUUUCUGUCACAAGCAUUCACACAGAAACAUGAGCGCUUCUUUCUGUUGCGUUGAGAGAGAGUUAUUGUGGCCGACCUGGCCACAGUGAUCCAUGCAACGGUCACCUCCAGGCUUGAUUACUGUAAUUCGCUCUACGCGGGGCUGCCCUUGAAGCUGUCCCAGAAACUCCAGCGGGUAAAGAAUGCUGCAGCAAGGCUGCUUAUGGGGUCUCUGCGAUGGGAGCAUAUCCACCCAGUGCUUUACCAGCUGCACUGGCUCCCGGUUGGAGUACAGGGGCAGAUUUAAGGUGCUGCUUUUGACCUUUAAAGCCCUUCAUGGCCUAGGACUCUCGUACCUAUGGGACCGCCUCUCCCGGUAUGCCCCACGGAGGACCUCAAGGUCCAUAAAUAGCAACACCCUAGUGGUCCCGGGCCCUAAGGAAGUUAGAUUAGCUUCAACCAGAGCCAGGGCCUUUUCAACACUGGCUCCGGCCUGGUGGAACGCUCUGUCUCAUGAGACCAGGGCCCUGCAGGAUCUGAUUUCUUUCCGCAGGGCCUGUAAGACAGAGUUGUUCUGCCUGGCCUUUGGCUUGGAGCCAAUUUGAUUCCUUCCGCCCCUCUCUCUUUUCCUUUCUCCUCCUGUGAUGAGGCUGCAUUUUAAUGUUUCAAUGUUUUAAUGUUGCAUUUUAAUCUUGUUUUUAAGUUGUAUUCACUCAACUUGUUUUUAUUAUUGGUUGUUAGCCGCCCUGAGCCCAGCCUUGGCUGGGGAGGGCAGGGUAUAAAUAAAAAUUAUUAUUAUUAUUAUUAUUAUUAAACACUGUCUCUUCUUCAGUGUUCAUGGAAAUGCAGCCCUUUAGAUAUUUGAAGAUGGCUAUCAUAGUCUUCUGUUCUCCAGGCUAAACAUACCCAGCUCCUUCAGCGGUUGCUCACAAGGCUUAGUUUCCAGACCCUUGUUCGUUUUGGGAUGUUCCAGUUUGUCAACACCCUUCUUCAAUUGUGGUGCCCAGAACUAGAAGCAGCGUUCCAGGUCCGACCAAGGCAGACUAGAGUGGGACUAUUACUUUCCUUGAUCGGACACUAUACUUCUGUUGAUGCAGCCUAGAAUAGCAUUAGCUUUUUUGCUGCUGCAUCACCCUGUGGACUCAUGUUAAGCUUGUGGUCUACGAAGACCCCUAGAUCUUUUUCACAUGUGCUACUGGCAGGCCAGUGUCCCCGAUCUUAAAUUGUGCAGCUGGUUCUUCCUGUGUAGAACCUUUUAUUUUUCCCUAUUGAAAUUCGUUAACUUUUUCUGCUGCUGCAGUGUGUUAAUGUUAGGAUCAUCCUACUCGCGUGUAGGUCUCUGGCAGAGACGUAUGCCCGUCUGGCAUGUUCUCUCCCUCCUGGUCGAUCGUUCGGGAGCUUCAAAAGCUUUCUCCAGCUUGAACAUCACAGUGACUGAUACCAAGGGGCAUCAACGCACUUAGGAUCCUGCAGAGUAUUUGUAGUUUGUGUAACAGACUCAAUAGCUCAGCAUUUUGGCUAAUCUACUUUUAUUUACAUAUAAUACAGUCACAGCAUUCUGACUUAGCUCCUUCCUCUUUCUCAUCAGACAGCAAAGAGAAAAAACAAAGGACAAUAGUCCCACAUCAUGGAACAUAGUAACAUAAACAUCCUGUCUCUGUCACUUCCCACACUGUGGAAUGAAAACAUACACCGUCAUGUGAUAGACAACAAUCCCAUGACUGCAAGCACGGAGCAAGAAUCCUAACAGUUAAGCCAUGCAAAUUCAGCUUCACGCCUUUAACAAAAACCAAGAUAUGAGUCAACAUCCCCAAUCAGCCGCGGCAAACAUAAUUAUAUGUCCACGUAUGAACUGCAAGAGGCAACAUGAUAGCUUGGCCGGGAGGUGGGUUCAAAUGGUCUCCACCCCCAUCACUCAGUCCAGACACUGAGGUCCAGCUCCAAGGGCCUUCUGGCAGUUCCCUCACUGCGAGAAGUGAGGUUACAGGGAACCAGGCAGAGGGCCUUCUUGGUAGUGGCGCCCUCCCAUCAGAUGUCAAGGAAAUAAACAACUAUCGGACUUUUAGAAGACAUCUGAAGGCAGCCCAGUUUAGGGAUGUUUUUAAUGUUUGAUGUUUUAUCAUGCUUUUAAUAUUCUGUUGGGAGCUGUCCAGAGUGGCUGGGGAAACUUAUGAAGAAUGUGAUUUGUGGGUGCCAUUUUUGCUAAACUCUUGUUAAUUUUAACAAUGGUUAAUUAAAGCAAGCCAGCUUAAUAAAUGAUGGUUUGAAUUAGUCCCAAAUCUGUCCACGUUCAGACAGCACUGCAGGCUGCAGUUCAUCUAAAACGCUAAGUAGAAAGUUUCAAACUCCUCCUUGCAGCCAUGGCAAAGAAGGAGAGGGAACCUUAUGAACCUACAGAUUUGCUACAGCUCUUUUUUGAAACACUAAACACUAUGGUUUAAGCUUACAGCAUUACAUACAAAUUAGCUCAAAGUGGGCAAAGCAAUUUGCGAUCUUGCUGCCACUUUAACUAGAUGGUGUGGUUUGCAAACUGUCACAAACUUCAGCAUCUCUUAGUUUUUCAGGAUUUGUGAGCGUGCGACAAAUUUAGCUGUAGCUUCACUAUGCAAAAUUAAGUUUGUUUCUUCCAUUUUUAGGAAGUCCAGCGUAUUAUUAUUGGUAAGGAUCAGUCAAGAUCAGAUAAAUGUAAGUAUGACAGUGGCUUCAUUACUUGAUAUUAUUUAAAUCUUAUGAGAUUUUUCUGUGGUGAUUUUAACAAGAUGUCUUGCUUUUAGCUACAAUGGGAGCAUCGUGGCUAGAUUUGCCCAAGAAAAACAAGCCUGACAAAGCACCCCUUGCCCAUCUCAUAAUCGAUGGCAAUAAAAUUCCAGCUGGUAAGCUCCUUUUUCAUCUUGUUUCUAUCAAUAUUAUGCUGUCUGAAUUGGGCCAGUUUACGUUAUUGUGCAAAACCGUGGUUAAGAAAACUCAACUAUGGUGUGGUGUGAUGCCUGAAUUGAUAAACCAUUGUUUGAAGUUGGCUGGCAAAGUAGAAUCUGCUCAUGAUUUGAAGUUGGCUUGAAAACCUUGGUUUGCAUUAACUGUAGCUUCAUGGGAAAUCCAAAUUGACAAACCAUUUUAAUGGCAAUUGUCUCCUUUCAUUGCCUAGUAUGGUGAACUGAGCAGAUGGAAAAUGAAACGAGACAAGCAGCUCUAACCUGUUGUUUUAUCUGUAAAUUUGGGAGGCCAAGCCGCAGGUUGAAUUGAACUAGGGUUUAUGCAAACAAUUGGUUCACUGUAGCUGAAGUUGAGCCAAUAUAUAAAGAAGUAUGAAAAUAGAUACUUUAAACUUCUAAAUUAAGCUUUCAUUAAGUCCAAACUGUCGUGGAGUUUUUGUAAGAUGGCAAAACUUCUGUGAGGCCUCCUGAUUUCAGAUCUCCCUCACCCCCAGUAAGGCAUGUAAUUAUUCAACUUUGCAUAAAGUUGGUUAAAAUCUUGCAGUGGAAAUUCUGGAAAGCAAGGAAGCAUUGGUCAGCAGUGGUCAUGACCACAAUUCAUGAAAUAUUCCAAGCUAAUAUGAUAGUUGAUCCACAAGCAUGUCUCCUAAAUUAUGUCAAUAAUUUGUAGGGCUAGAAUAUAAGGGCAUAUUUCCCAUUAUCUGGGGUUAUCUUGGCUCUUGGGGUGUUUCCAGAAUAGAGGAUGAAAAAGGAAAUGUUUUAAAAUGGUCUUUCCCUUUUAAUGCAGACUUCUGUUGAGUAAAUUGCAUUGUUAAUUAUAUGGUGGCUUCUGUUGAUUAAAUUGUAAGUUAUGUUACACUUCCUUCAACAACGUCAAAAUACAUAUACGUUCAGUUCAGGUAGUAUGAAUGUUCACUUAAAAGGUAAGGUAAAAAAGGUAAAGGACCCCUGGACGGUUACGUCCAGUCAAAGGUGACUAUGAGGUUGUGGCUCUCAUCUCGCUUCAGGCCGAGGGAGCCGGUGUUUGUCCACAGACAGCUUUCCGGGUCAUGUGGCCAGCAUGACUAAACCGCUUCUGGUGCAACGGAACACCGUGAUGGAAACCAGAGCGUACAGAAACACCGUUUACUUAAAAUGAAUUGAUGAUUAAUUGGCUAAAAUCAGAUGACAGUUAUGAUUCUGUUCUGACCACUUCCUUCUGUCCAAGUGGAAUCCAAUAUUCUUAGCCACACUUCACUGAAUGGAUAGCCUAAUACUGUGGAAAACCUAUAAUCUGUAUAAUCUGCUCUCUGUGCACACAUCCCAUUUUGAAACAGCUGGGGAACAUAGUAACCCUUCGGCUGGGGCCAAGAGCUGAGCAUCUCUGUUCAUGACUAGAGCCAUCAUGGGUGUCGUUAAAUGACCAUCUGAGUUUGCUUCCCCAGACAUAGCUAGAAGAGUCAUCGAAUCAUAGACUUGAGGAGUUGGAAUGAGACCAGAAAAAAUGAGGAAAUUAAUUUAAGAGAGAUUUAAGAGUAUAGUCAAGUUGAAGGCUCUGGACAUUACACAUUAAAAAGCUUCUCUAUGCAGGGCUGCCUUAAUAACAGUAAAACCAAUUCAUGGCUGCAAAAACAAUAUAUUAUCCACCUGUGACAUUAAACUUAAAAUAAGAUACACAUUUUCUUAUCUGUUUCCCUCAUAGGUACCAAAAAAGUGAACCUUACAUCUUGGCAUCACGACAAAGGCUGGGCAAACAUACGGAAUAUGACAUUCAGUGAUGGGAAAUUGGAAGUCAAUCAUGAUGGCUUUUAUUAUCUGUACACCAAUGUAUGCUUUAGACACCAUGAAGCUUUGGGAAACCUAACUGGACAAAUUCUGCAGCUGAUGGUAUAUGUCAUAAAAACAGAUGCUAAAAGGAGAAACCCUGUAGUUUUGAUGAAAGGAGGAAGUACAAAGAAUUGGUCAGGAGACUCAGAAUUUCAUUUUUAUUCUGUAAAUGUAGGAGGGUUUUUCAAACUGAAAUCUGGUGAAAUAAUAAGUAUCCAAGUAUCAUACCCGUCAUUACUGGAUCGCUCUCCGGAAGGAACUUACUUUGGGGCCUUUAAAAUAAGGGAUAUCGAUUGAGUUUUGCUACAGGAUUUUUCAGAGGGGAAGUAGCCUAUUCAUUCAGCUGGACCAGAUUAUGGGAGAUGUGAUGGAACGGCUUUUAGGAUCCAAUUGUACAGGAACGAUCAUUUCUUCCUAGACCAGGGUAGUCAGUGUGGCGCUCUCCAUCUUUUCUCGGACCACAACUCCCAUAACUGCUGGCCAUUGGAGAGGCUGACUAGGGCUUGAUGGGAGUUGUACCCCGAGAAUAUCCGGUGAGCACCGCAUUGGCUAUCCUUGUUGCAGACAGUCUUCUCUACAGCUCAAUUGCACUUAGGAUAGUUCAUUUUCCAAUGCUUAAUUUGAAAUUUAUUUGUGAAGAUCUGGGUUAUGGAUUUGGGAUAUGUGGAUAUAAAUUGGCAUCAGUCCAUAAUAGCAUCUAAACUAUUUUUUUAGAGACGUACUUCAAAAUCCAAGCACGCUUUUCGUGAUGCUCAAGAAACAAAAGGUGGAAUCCGGACUAAGUUAGUUGCAUGCAAGUUCCAUUGAAAUCGAUAAUGAAAAGUCCCAUUUAUUUUGGGGGAACUAAAUGCAACUAACUUACAAAACCAUCCUGUACAUAUCUACUCAGAAGUAAAUCCCAAGGAGUUCAAUGGGGUUUACUCCUAGGUAAGUGUGUAAAGGAUUCCAGCUUUCAUUUUGAUGGAAGAUUUAGAAGUGUGGAUUUUUAACAUUUGGUUUGUUUUGCAUGUUUGGUCUGCAAAGCAACAUGUGCACUGAUGGCACUUUUAAAUAAACAUUAGUACUAUUUCCCCCCCAUAACCAAAGCAUUUGAAAAGCCAAUUUUAUUUUGCCCAGUUUAAAAGUCUCUCUAGACCUGGAUUCAGGGGAAAUGUUAGAAUCUUUAAUUAAAAAUAGAAUUGCCACUUCUCCUUGUUUGUUUUCCAAAUGAUGAAAAUAUUUGUUCUUCUGCAGGCAGAAUUGCAUCUUGUGUGUGUUGUAUUUUGUACCUAUGUGCCUUAAUUGGUUUUCAUUUUGUUCCACUCCCCCCAACCCGCUCUGGCCAAGGGAUAUGCCGCCAAAGGUUCCAGUGUUGUACAUUUUGAAACUUCUGGCACUGAAGUUGUUCCUGACUUGCAUGUUGCCACAUGCGUUUUCUCCUGCAAUGUAAGAGUGCUUUUACUGUUGUGAUGGAAGACCAGCAAUGAAAAAGGGAGAAGCUAUUGCUUAUCUAGGUGACACUGGAAGUGUGGUGUGAUUGACUAUUCGACAAUGCAGUGAUAAUGAGGACUAACUCACAUCUCAUUUUUUAAAAGGUUACAUAUAUCUACCAAGAGUUUAAGUGCCUUUCUAAACAUACCGUAUCUUUCUGUCUAUAAGACGCCCCCAUGUAUAAGACGCCCCCUAUUUUUGGAGACUCAGAUUUAAGAAAAUGGGGGGGGGGGAUUUGUAUCCAUGUAUAAGACGCCCCCUAAUUUUUGAGGGGGAAAAGCUAGUCUUAUACACAGAAAAAUACGGUAGUUGAGUUGGAUCCAGACUAAAGUUAGUUGAACUUUGACGCCAUUGAAAUCAGUGGAAAACGUUAAUCAUAACUUCAGUCCCAUUGAUUCUGGUAGGAAUUAAAUUCAGCUAAUUUAAUCUUGAUGUAACCUGUAAUGUCUAGAAACACAUUUAACCUACAGAUCCUCUCAUCAAAGAUCCAGGGUUGUCAAUGUGUCUCAACCUGUGUUUGCUGCCUUGAAAUGCGUAAGGCGUAGUCAGUGCGCUGAGCAAAGGCUUUUCGGAAAACAGCAACUUUCGGAAAACAGCAACGAGCUGUUCAAUGAUGUAACGGCAGACCCAAGAAAUGUCCCCACUUGGCGUGUUAAGAGGUGCUAAUAAAAUAUAGUUAGGUGUGGGAUGGUGUUGAUUGUUCCUUACAAGAAGUAAUCUUUAAAGCAGCGGUUCUCAACCUGUGAGUCCCCAGAUGUUGUUGGACUACAACUCCCAUCAUCCCUGAGCUCUGGCCUUGCUAGCUAGGGGUGAUGGGAGUUGUAGUUCAUCAACAUCUGGGGACCCAAGGUUGAGAAAGGCUGCUUUAAAGCAUGAAGCAUUUGACAUGAGUCCAUCAAAAUGAAUUCAGCAUGCUUUCUUUAAAAAAAAACUUAAAUUGCUCAAUAGGAGCUAGAGCAUAGGUGGGCAACUAGUUUGAAUGCUGGGACCAUCUCUCCCUGUUUUCUAAGCUUCCAGCCUUCUUUGUAUGUCACAACCAACCUCCCUGAAAUUUCACAUGCUUUCAGUACAAAACACCUUCCCUUCUGUGUGCCACCGUGUCUCGUGUGAGGCUUGCUACAGAAAGGGUGCAGAAUUACUAAGCGCUGGAAUUAUGCUGGCUUGGUUUAUGUGCAGCAACCAAGCCUCAGGUUCAUACACCCCCACCUGCCCUUCACAUAUAAGAGAAGGAGAUUUAAAGCUUCAGUGCUUUGACUAGAACAUGGAGUUUGUAAACCUGGUCUUCUUAACUCAGUGCAGGAGCUUUUGAUCUGUGUUCCUGGAGAUGUGUGUCCCUUCUUCCCUGCAAUCAUGCCACGAAAAAGGUUCCAUGCACAAUAUACUGUAUUUUUCGCCCCAUAAGAUGUACCUGACCAUAAGAUGCACCUAGUUUUUAGAGGAGGAAAACAAGAAAAAAAAUAUUCUGAACGAAACCGUGGAUGUAUGAUUUUUGUGGUUCAUGCUGUGGCCACGGACAUGUGAUUUGACGGUGAGUUUGGGGUAGCCCAAUGCAAAAAUCCUGAGAAUCCAUGUGGAUCUGUGGUUUGUAACCACGUUUUUUGCCAUUGCGGCCCCACAAAACAGUGGAUGUGUGGUUUUUUUGGUGCAGGCUGUAGCCAUGGACAUGCUAUGUGAUCUGAUGGUGAAUUUGGGGUGACCCAAUGCAAAAAUCCUGAGGAUCCAUGGGCUUUUACCUCCCCCCUCCUAGGCAGCCUCCUUUAUCGCUUAUCUCCCUCCGACCAGCUGCUUCCUUUCAACACUCCCUUCCCUCUUGUUUGCCUUAGUGUCUUUUCCUUAGCUGGAGCAGUUUUUUGCUCCUCCUCUUCUAAUUUCUCUCCUUGCAAGUUUGCAGUCUAUACCUCCCCCCUCCUAGGCAGCCUCCUUUAUCUCUAGCGUCCCUUAUCUCCCUCCCUGAUCACUUGCCGAUUAGCGGCUUCGUUUCAACACCUACUUCCCUCUUUCAAAAGAAAGUGAGCAUGAUCUGCUUUUCUCCCCUGGGCAAUUCGGCUCCAGGGACCACACAUUCGCUCCAUAAGACGCACAGACAUUUCCCCUUACAUUUUAGGAAGAAAAAAGUGUGUCUUGCCAUUGUACAAGAAAGGAUAGGAGUCCCACACAUUGAGCAUUGAGCCUUUUUAAUUUGAAAGGAAGUCCUGCCAAUGGAUUCCCAGUGUCAUGCAGAACUUGCAAAUACAUAAGUUCCAAAAAAAAAGGCAAAAUGGGUAUUUUUAUAUUCUGUAAUAUCAAGUUAUAUUUCAGGUGUAUGUUUUGUUUGAAAAAAAUCUGUAAUUUAUAUUUGUCCUAAAGUAUUUGAUACAAAAUAUUUAAAAACUUACUGUAUGUGUAUUUAAUGUUUGAAAAUUGUACAGACAUGGAUAACUGGUGCACUUUUUUAAUCCCGUUGGGGGAAAACUGCAGCUAAUAUGAUCAUUUGCUACUAGCAAAUGUGAUGUUUCUUGGUGUUUUAUUAAUUUAACAGCUUCUCUUCGAUCUGAUCAGUGUUACUGAGCAGUCAAGGGCCAAGUAUCAUUAGACAACUGUUGAUAAUUUUAGGUACUUUUCACAUCUCCAAAAAGUCUUUAUUCUAGCAAAGUCCUUCCAUGUCAUGUUGAAAUUCUUGAGGGGGGAAAGUUGGGUUCUUUCAGGAAGGACUGAGAAAUGGCAGCAAUAUUUUCAAGAUUGUGCCUUUGAAUUAGAUUAACACCAUGCCGCUGGGAAUAUGGAAAAGUAUACAGCAGACAAAGAGAUUUGUUAAGAGUAUUUAUGUAAUUGUUCAACAGACAUUUUAUCCUAUUGCAAAUGUUGCAAUACUGUAAAUGCUGUAAUAGAUUUUUGCAAUACAAACCUUUUCCAAUAAAUACAUAGAGGCCCAUGUUACUAUUAUUUUAUAUUGUAUAAUAAGCAUUGCUUUUGAAUGCUAUGACUUUUUUUAUAAACACAUUUC